AUGUGGGGAAAUCAGACGUUCAUCACAGAGUUCAUCCUCAGGGGGUUUCCCGUUGGCCCGAGGGUCCAGCUGCUCCUCUUUGCAGUCUUCUCCCUGUUCUACGCCUUCACUCUGCUGGGGAACGGGACCAUCCUGGGGCUCAUCUCCAUGGACUCCAGACUUCACACCCCCAUGUACUUCUUCCUCUCCCACCUGGCUGUUGUUGACGUGGCCUAUGCCUGCAACACGGUGCCCCGGAUGCUGGUCAACCUCCUGAGUCCCACCACGCCCAUCUCCUUUGCUGGAUGCGUCACACAGAUGCUCCUCUUCCUGACUUUUGCGCACACGGAAUGUCUUCUCCUCGUGGUGAUGUCCUAUGACCGCUAUGUGGCCAUCUGCCACCCCCUCCGGUACUCCGCCAUCGUGAGCCGGAGUCUCUGCAUCACCUUGACUGUGACUUCCUGGGCAUGUGGCUCCCUCCUGGCCCUGGUCCAUGUCGUUCUCCUCCUGAGACUGCCCUUCUGUGGACCCCAUGAGAUCAACCACUUCUUCUGUGAACUCCUCUCUGUCCUCAGGCUGGCCUGUGCAGACACUUGGCUCAACCUAGUGGUCAUCUUAGCUGCUGCUCUGUUAGUCUUAGUGGGGCCCCUCUGUCUGGUUCUGGUCUCUUACACCCACAUAUUUUUUGCUGUACUGAGGAUCCAGUCUGGGGAGGGGCGCAGAAAGGCCUUCUCCACCUGCUCCUCCCACCUCUGUGUGGUGGGGCUCUUCUUCGGCAGUGCCAUGGUCACUUAUAUGGCCCCAAAAUCCAGCCACCCUGAGGAGCAGCAGAAGGUCCUUUUCUUGUUCUACAGCCUUUUCAACCCAAUGCUGAACCCCCUGAUUUACAGCCUGAGGAAUGCAGAGGUGAAGGGAGCUGUGAGGAGAGCUCUGUGCAAGCAGAACCAUUCCUGA